CCGGAAAGCACCACCUGUGAUUGGUCCACUUUGACAGGCGUAUGCUCAGCCAACGUUUCAAGCGCCACUCCUCGAGCCCGCUCCGAACCAGUGUCCGAGCCAUGGCGUCCUUCCGCGAGACGCUCUUCACCGACUACUACGUCAAGCAGCACGUGUUUCAUCCGGACGAGAUCGACGCGGUCGUCGACACGCUCAAGACGCCGCUGCCAGCGUGCUUUCGCAUUAGCCCCAAUGCGUCGAAUGCGUCCCACAUUGAGGCAGCGCUGCGCACCGACUUUCGGUUUCCCACAGGCAGCGUCACGUUGAAGGACGCGCCGGUCGCGCCGCCCCAAAAGCUGUCGUGGUUCCCACCGACGUACGGUGCGGCGUGGCAGCUCGAGUGCGGCCGCAAUGCGCUCACCAAGCUCGCCAAGGAGCAUGAACUCAUGGGAGCUCUGCACAAGUUUCUCAUCCUCCACGGUGACAGCGGUGCCAUCACGCGCCAGGAAGCAGUGAGCAUGAUCCCGACGCUGCUGCUCGACGUCCACCCGGAACACCGCGUUCUCGACAUGUGCGCGGCGCCCGGCUCCAAGACGUCGCAGAUCCUUGAAACGCUCUUGCAAGACCCGACGCAGACGGGGUUUGUUGUCGCCAACGACGCCAACGAGAAGCGCGCGUACAUGCUCGUCCACCAGUUGAUGCGCAUUGGUCUCAUGUCGGCCGUCAUCUCGUGCCACCAAGGCCAGGCGUUUCCCGGCUUGUACAACGCGUCCGGCGAGCUCGACCGCACGAAUGUUUUCGACCGUGUCCUUGCCGACGUGCCGUGUACGGGCGACGGCACGCUGCGUAAAAAUGAAGACAUUUGGCGUCGCUGGCACGUCGGUGACGCGCUCACGCUGCACCCUGUCCAGCUCGAGAUUGCCUUGCGCGCCGCUGCGCUCCUUAAGGUCGGCGGGCGCAUGGUCUACUCGACGUGUUCGUUCAACCCGAUCGAAAACGAAGCGAUUGUCGCUGAGCUCCUUCGUCGCGCGGACGGUGCGCUCACGCUGGUCGACUGCUCGGCCGAGCUCGUGGGCCUCAAGCGCCGCAGUGGCUUGACCAAGUGGGAUGUUGCGUGGCAGUCCAAGUCCAAGCACAAGCGCAAGGCCGACCGGCUCGCGAACGCGCCGCUCGAAUGGUUUUCGAGCUUCUUCGACGAAGCCAUUCCCGAAGACCUUCGCGGCUACCGCAUCACGCGCUCGCUCUUCCCGCCGACCGAGGCGUACCCGCUCGAGCGCUGCAUGCGAUUUGUGCCGCACGAUCAAAACACCGGCGGCUUCUUCGUCGCCGUGCUCAUGAAGACCGCGGACCUCCCGGGGGCCAACCAAGAAGGGUUGGAUGCGUUCGAAGUGUCGUACGAACGCGGCCCGAAAUGCCACCGCUACGUGUGCAAGCUCUGCGGCGAGCGCGGCCACUACAUUCAAAAUUGCCCGCUCUCCGACAAGCACCAAGCAGCUAUCGAAGCAAAAGAAACAAAAUCGUCGGCGAUCAAAGACGAGACGUUUGGCGAUUUCUUUGUUCCGCUGCCGGACGAGGCGUGGACGUCGAUCCAGGAAACGUAUGGUCUCGGUCCUGGCUUUGACAAGGAGCGGCUCUUUGCUCGUUCCAAGGGCGCAGCGACGCUCUCGUAUGUGAGUCCGACCGUGCAAGCGGCGUGCUUGGCCGGCCCGAGCUUGAACCUGGUCAACACGGGCGUCCGCGUCUUUGUCAAGAUCACGACGGGCGCGCACAAGGGAUUCCGCCCGGCGCAGGACGGACUCGACCUGGUCGUGCCGCACAUGACAAAGCGCAAGCUCGCGGUUGGCUGGUCGGCCUUCAACACGCUCGUCGGCGUGAGCAGCACCAAGCUCUUUUCGGAGCUCGACCCGUCGCUUGCUACUUCGCUGCAAGCCUUUGGCGUCGGCCCUAUCGUCGCCACACUGCAGUCGGAGGACGCGAGCAGCAACGUUGUCGCAUUGAGCCUCUGGGUUGGCAGCGCCAGCGUCUCCAAAAGCGUGACGUCGUCCGACUUGGACAUUCUCGCGGACCUCCUCGCGACGCUCGACAUGACCCGCUAUGCGCCGUAAACACAGUCCACAGACGGUACGAGAUGGACUAUUUUCGUCCAUGUGUAUAGUUUUGGAACAUUUCUGAACUUGUAUCCCUUGGCGACGCAUCGUAGAGUGAAAGCAUUUGUAGAUUUGCUUCCUAGUACCUAUAGCAUGACUACCGUAUCAUCUAGCUCGAGGCCCCGAGCUCGCAACACGAGAGAUAUAUUCGCAAAAGACGCUGCGUGCGUCCCAGCGGGCACCAGGUGCUGCCACGUGCGUCCAAUCCAAAGACAGAAACGUUUGAAUUUCAUCCAAUUCCAACGCAGCAAAGAUUGGUUUUGUCCACAA